CAACGUUUAGUCUGCUACAGUCGAAAGAGCGAUCUUGCCUAGAUUUUUGACGCUAAGAUUUUUAAAUAAAAAAAAUAUAAACUCGUCUAGUUUCCACUUCAAAGUAAUUUGUCGAAUUUUUAGUUUCUUACACCAAAAUGGAAUCUACCUCAGAGGUACCUGAUGACUGCUGUCAAGUAGCUGAUGAAGCAGAGAAAGAAGCCUUAGCCUUGGUGUGUUGUAAUUAUCAGAUCAUAACAAAAAGUUUCAAAGAAACAAUUGCAGAAAUCGAAAGUCAUCUGGCACAUAAAGCACAGCUUAGAAGUAGGCUACACACAACAGUUCAGAAUCGACCAGAAGAAUCCUACUUCACAAGAUUGGAUUCUAGCAUAAAAAAAAACACUGCCUUUGUAAGGAAACUCAAGAACUUCACAGAAGCUCAGAAAGAAAGCAUUUUGAAAGAUAUAAACACACUGAACCUUACAAAAUACAUCAGCGAAGUUGCCAAUGCUAUUGUUGAGGCAAAAUUAAAAAUGACUGAUAUCGCCAGCAUUCUGCAAGUGUGUGUUGUUCUCCAUGAGAAAUAUGCAGAUUUUUCCUCUCAAAUACUGGAGGCAUGGCAAAAAGUUCUUUCAUUGAAGAAGGACGAAAAGGUUUCAAAUCCUAGUAAGAUGAGAGUUGAUGUUCGUUUUUAUGCAGAUUUGAUAUCUUGUGGAGUCUUGACUCCUAAAGAAGGUCUUCCUUUGCUGGGCAGUUUUCUCACUAAUCUUAUUCACGGUGAUAAGGAAGAACAUAACAGUGCCACCAUCAUUCUUGCGUUCUGCAAAUUUUGCGGCGAAGAUUACGCAGGUCUCGUUUCACAAAAAUUAUUGAAUGAUGCUGAGCGCUUCAAAAUGACCGUUCCGACUAGCAAUUGGCUACCACCUGACAAACGCCAAAAUGUUCGAAACCUGCUACGCGAAUACUAUUCGUCUCUUUGUAAACAUCUCAUUCAGGAUCACAAAGAGCUACAGAACUUUGAAAGACAAAACCGACGGAUCUUACAGACUAAAGGAGAACUGAGCAACGAACGCAAAGAAAAACAGGAAGUGCUAAACCAGAGUUUCGCAAAACUUUUGAACAUGACUCAGCAGUUUGCGGAUGUCUUAGCUGAGGAGUUACCUGAGCUGCGACAGGAUCUCAGUCCCAGAGACGAAGAGUGUUCUGUGUUAGAACUUUGCGAGAAUAUGUCGGAUCAAGCACGUGAAACUCUAAAUGAACUUCUCUGGGAAAAUGAAGAAGGAAGACAGUUUUACGAGAAUCUACCCAAUCUGAGUGUCUAUUUGCCAAACUUGGUUCCCAAAGCUACCAUGGAAGCUCCACCUCUCCCUGAUCCUGCCGAACAGAUGAUUGAUAUUGAAAAAGAAGCCAAAGAAAUUGAGGAAGGGGAACAAGCCAAGGAAGAAGGCGACGAAGAUAUCAAACCUGCAGAGUUAGAAGACGAAAAAGACGACGCAGAUGUUCCAGUUAGUCUCCAGUCCAACAAAGUCCUUCUGGAUAGUUUCCUUACCACUCUGUCAGCUUGCGUUAACCGUGAAAUGAUUGACUCUGCUGCCAUUGAAUUUUCUACAAACCUAAAUACUAAACAUAAUCGGAAGAAACUUGUGAGGGCCCUAUUUACUGUACAACGGACACGGCUAGAUCUCUUACCAUUCUACUCGCGUUUGGUAGCUACAUUGCAUCCCUACAUUCCGGAGGUUGCCACAGAUUUGUGCAAUUUUCUAAGGCAGGAUUUCAAAUAUCAUGUUCGAAAGAAGGAUCAAAUAAACAUUGAGACCAAGGUGAAAAUUGUUCGGUUUAUCGGGGAACUAACCAAGUUCGGCAUGUACCCACGCGCAGACACGUUGCAGUGCUUUAAGCAGCUUUUGCUAAACUUCGCACACCACUACAUUGAAAUGACCUGUCAUCUGCUUGAAACGUGUGGACGUUUUUUGCUCCAUCAACCGGAUUCCCAUCAGCGUACUAAAGUCUAUUUGGAUCAAAUGAUGCGAAAGAAGUCUAUGCUCGCAUCAGACUCACGUUAUUUGACGAUGAUAGAGAACGCCUAUUAUCAGGUGGUUCCUGUGGACAGCAGUGCUCGGAGUAGUCACAUAAAAAUCCGCCCUCCACUCCAUCAAUAUAUCCGUCAUCUUCUUUAUGUCGAGCUUGGAAACAAGGGCUCUACAAACAAAAUCCUUAAACAACUGAGGAAGCUCAACUGGAAAGAUCCUGAAGUAGCAUCGUAUGCAAUUCGUUGCUUGACGUCAGCGUGGAAGGUUAAGUUUCCUAAUAUCCGUACGCUGGCUGGUGUCGUAGCCGAAUUGACGCUUUACCAGGAAUUCGUUGGUCACCGCAUUGUUGACGCCGUUCUGGAAGACAUUCGAUGGAGUUUGGAAUUUCCUAUAUCCAAAUUCAAUCAAAGGCGCGUGAGCAUGGCAAAAUAUUUGGCAGAGUUGUACAACUACCGCAUGGUGGAAUCGUCAGUCGUCUUCAAAGUUCUCUACACUUGCAUCACUUUUGCGGUUAGUUACGACCGUACUGUAGAAUCGGAGUUGGAUCAGCCCGAUAACCUUAUGCGCUUGCGGUUAGUCUUGACCAUCCUCGAUACGUGUGGUGUCUUCUUUAGUUCUGGAUUAGCCAAGAAGCGGCUAGACUGUUACCUGGUUUACCUUCAGUACUAUCAUUUGUUCAAAAGGUCUUUGCCAAUUUGGACGGAGGACAAUCCUUUCCCGGUAGCAAUAGAUUUUGGCAUUAAGGAUAUGCUGCAAUCGCUGCGCCCAAAACUCAAGCCUUAUAAAACCUUGCAAGAAGCUGCUGAUGCUGUAGAAAAUUUGGAAAAGGAAUUGAUGAACAAACUGUCGUUAGCCAUGCCGGAGUUGCACAUGGAUGUGGUAAUGGCUGAUGACACUUUGGCCUGUAUAGAAGAAGAGGACAUGGAGGAAGGGGAGGAAAUGCCAGAAGUGGAUGAUGAUUCCAUAAAUGAUGAGCAGUCGCUUUCACGUUCAAUGUCUCAGAUGACAACACGUGGUGAAGCCACCCAACCGGACGACGAUUCGGCCACUGCAGAGGCAAUAACUGCCCCGCGCAAGGCGCUAUGCCCUGAAGAUGACGAUUUCAUGGCAGCUCUAGAUCGUAUGGUGGCCGAGAAUAUUCAUGAAGCUUAUUCGCGUGGCAAAGAAGCUAGCAAAGCACCAGCUGUCGAUAUUGCAAUCCCUUGGCAGGUUAAGGCUUCGCUAAAGAAACCUAGUGAGGGGUCUGACAAAAACUUUUUGGGUGAUUCCAUUGGAGGUGAACUAGGAGGAGCCUUGGCCGUAGCCGAAGCUUCUUCCGCUUGCGCAGCUGUUGCUUCAUCUCCCCCAUCGGCCUCCCAGGACAAUCCGACUGUUAAUUUCUUCCUAAUGACGCGUAAAGGCAAUAAGCCACAGUUCAAGAAUCUGGCCCUGCCUUCAGACUCCGAACUUGCUCAGAACCUUCGCAAUCGCGAAGAGGCUGAAAAAGCAGAGAAAGAACGUGUGAAAAAGUUGACGUUGGAUUUCAACGAACGCCAGGAAGAGGAAGAAUUCCAAGAUUUGUACGGCGGGGCAAAUCGUCCAGCUGUUCACAAUGUCAAUCGCGAUCGCCGAGGUCGUUUCCAGCAUCCCAAAGGUGUGCCAGACGCUGAGUUGAUUUUCGGAGGUGCGAGAAAGAAUCGGUGAAAGUCAGAGAUUUCUGUAACGUGUUCAGGAUGUGAUUGAAGUUUUGAGUAAAUAAGUAAAGAAAACGAUUCAUAAACAUCACGAAGUAAUCCACGGGUGAAAAGUAAUUUACAAUGAGAUUUUGAUCUUAUUUGACGUCAUAGUUAACGUCAUAUUUGCCCUGCAUUCGUGUUUCUUCUUUGCUGUUUCGCCAGCCGUAAACGAUGUAAACAGAUAAACCUGACAGGACGACAGGAGCGAAAAAUUACUGUUUGAUCCAAUACAAAUUUUGUUGAUUAUCUUUUCAA